AUGGAACUGGAUAGUCAGAAUAGCAAGGGUGGAGAGACUGUUUCCGUUUCCAAACGCAGAGGUAGCUCACUGAGCAACACCACCAAUCCAUUUCUGGACCCAUUUGUGGCCAGCUACUGGACCAAAGUCUACAGAGAUUGUCGGUAUGAAUGCAGAGAACGGUUUGACCCUUUGUUCAGCUGGACUCUUGAGGAGGAGCGUGAUUUAGGGCACAAGCUUGAUAUGAAGGUUACUGCGCUUGCUUGCUUCAUGUUUGUUGCAUUGCAAGUUGAUAGGGGAAAUCUGGCCCAGGCGGUUGCAGACAACUUACUGCAAGAUUUGGGCCUUACCACAGACAUGUACAACAAUGGGAACACCAUUUUUUUUGUCGCUUUUAUUGUCAGUGAGGUCCCUUCGUCGCUGAUUUGCAAGAAAUUGGGUGUCGACCGGUGGGUGCCAUUUUUAAUGGUUUCAUGGUCUCUGGUGGCUAUAUUACAAUGCAAAAUGACCAAUAGGCAUUCUUUUUACGCGACGAGGGCAUUGCUAGGGCUUUUGGAAGGCGGGUUUACUCCUGAACUGGUCUUGUGGAUGUCUUAUUUCUUUACUUCUAGCGAGCUUUCAAUCAAGCUGUCCUAUUUUUGGACAGCUUUGUCUUUGACUCAAAUUGGCACAGCAUUAAUGGCUUAUGGGAUUUUGCGGAUGCGUGGUAUUCUGGGAAUGGCAGGCUGGCAAUGGCUUUUUAUCAUUGAAGGAGCUUUCACGCUUCUCAUUGCUUUGGUGUCUGCCCUGGUGAUGGCUCCCUCCGUGGUGCAAACCAAGCGGUUCUGGAACAAAAAAGGGUGGUUCACUGAGCGAGAGGAGAAAAUCAUCGUCAACAAAGUCUUGAGAGACGAUCCCUCGAAGGGCGACAUGAACAACAGACAAGGAGUCACCACCUCCAACCUGAUAUAUGCUCUUUUGGAUUAUAAUAUGUACCCUCUUUACAUCAUUGGAAUUCUGGCCUACAUCCCCUUGAAUUUGCUGACAAGCUAUAUGACUUUGGUGCUAAAAAACCUUGGCUUUACUACCCUGAACGCCGUCUUACUCACUGUCCCCUACAGCUUUAUACACAUUAUUUUAUUGAUUGCAAUUACUUGGCUGAGCGAAAAGGUGAACGAGAGAUCGCUUGUCUGUUGUCUGUUUGCGCUUUAUGAGAUCCCUCUUGUUGGCGUGCUGGCCUUUUGGAAAGACUCGAUGGUGAACAAAUGGGGAACAUGGGCAGUUUGCACGCUCAUUUUGGGGCUACCUUAUAUUCAUGCCAUUUGCUUGAGCUGGGUCUCGCGCAACUCGAGGUCUUUAAAGACCAGAUCCGUUUCUACUUCUCUCUACUACAUGUGUGCACAGAUCGGGUCUCUGAUCUCGGCCAAUAUUUACCACGAAAGCGAUGCUCCACUGUACAGAAAAGGAAACACGAUUUUAUUCUGGCUUUCGGUGGCCAUGCUGCCUGUUCUACUUCUCACCAAGGCGUACUACAUGUAUGUGAACCACUUAAGAGAACGGCAGUGGCAAAUGAUGGAUCCGGCAGAGCGCGAAAAUUAUAUAUUGAAUACCACCGACGUGGGGUCUAAACGUUUAGAUUUUAGACUCGCGCAUUAA